GGCCGGCGCCCGCGCCCGCUGGACAGUCGGGAGCGGCCAGCCGCACAGCUCUCCUGAGCCGGCCGUACAAUCCUCGGCAGUGUCCUGAGACUGUAUGGUCAUCUCAGCGGCGCGCGGGCCAUUCUCGCUCUCCCGUUCCCUCCCUCCCCUCCGUUUUGAUUUUGGCUUUUAGAUCCAGCCAGGUGACUCGUUCGGGGGAAGGAAAAAGAAAGGACCUCGGGCUCCCCGCCGGCCCCGCUGAGCUCCGCGUUGACAGCCUCCUCCCACUGCGUCCCGACCCCGCCUCCCGGGCAGGUUCCUUCCCGUCACCUUUCUCCACCCCCGGCCCCCGCACCUAGCCAGCUGCGCGCCAACUGCCGCCGGACUGUGCGGGGCGCUCGGGAACGGCCCGCGCCGCAGGGAAGUGGGCGAGGCCCCCCGAGGAGACAGCGGCUGCAGCCCCCCACCGGCCGGGGAGCCCAGGUGAGCGGCGUGCCCGGCGGCCACGGCGACGAUGACAGCUGACAAGGAGAAAAAAAGGAGCAGCUCGGAAAGGCGGAAGGAGAAGUCCCGCGAUGCAGCACGAUGCCGGCGCAGCAAGGAGACGGAGGUGUUCUACGAGCUGGCCCACGAGCUGCCCCUGCCGCACAGCGUGAGCUCCCACCUGGACAAGGCCUCCAUCAUGCGGCUGGCCAUCAGCUUCCUGCGCACACACAAGCUCCUGUCGUCAGUUUGCUCUGAAAAUGAGUCUGAAGCCGAGGCCGACCAGCAGAUGGACAACCUCUACCUGAAAGCCUUGGAGGGCUUCCUCGCCGUGGUCACGCAGGACGGAGACAUGAUCUUCCUGUCGGAGAACAUCAGCAAGUUCAUGGGACUCACACAGGUGGAGCUGACCGGCCACAGUAUCUUUGACUUCACCCACCCCUGUGACCACGAGGAGAUCCGGGAGAACCUGAGUCUCAAAAACGGCUCUGGCUUUGGGAAGAAAAGCAAAGACAUGUCCACGGAGCGGGACUUCUUCAUGCGGAUGAAGUGCACGGUCACCAACAGAGGCCGGACGGUCAACCUCAAAUCAGCCACCUGGAAGGUCCUGCACUGCACUGGCCAGGUGAAGGUGUACAGCAGCGGGCCCCCGCACAGCAGCGUGUGCGGCUACAAGGAGCCACUGCUGUCCUGCCUCAUCAUGAUGUGCGAGCCCAUCCAGCACCCCUCCCACAUGGACAUCCCCCUGGACAGCAGGACCUUCCUCAGCCGCCACAGCAUGGACAUGAAGUUCACCUACUGCGACGACAGAAUCACAGAACUGGUUGGCUACCACCCUGAGGAGCUGCUUGGUCGCUCAGCCUAUGAGUUUUACCAUGCCCUGGACUCGGAGAACAUGACCAAAAGUCACCAGAAUCUGUGCACCAAGGGCCAGGUGGUCAGUGGCCAGUACCGCAUGCUGGCGAAGCACGGGGGCUACGUGUGGCUGGAGACCCAGGGCACCGUCAUCUACAACCCGCGCAACCUGCAGCCCCAGUGCAUCAUGUGUGUCAACUACGUCCUGAGCGACAUCGAGAAGAACGACGUGGUGUUCUCCAUGGACCAGACCGAGUCCCUGUUCAAGCCCCACCUGAUGGACAUGAGCGGCAUCUUUGACGGCAGCAGCGGGGAGGUGGGCAGGGUGGACAAGAGCAACUUCCUGUUCACCAAGCUGAAGGAGGAGCCCGAGGAGCUGGCCCAGCUGGCCCCCACUGCCGGAGACACCAUCAUUUCUCUGGACUUCGGAAACCAGAACUUUGAGGAGUCCUCAAGCUACGGCAAGGCCGUCCUGCCCCCUGCACAGCCAUGGGCUGCAGAGCUGAGGGGCCACGGCACCCAGAGUGAGGCUGGCGGGCUGCCCGCCUUCACCGUGCCCCAGACGGCUGCCCAGGGCAGCACCACACCCAGCGCCAGCAGCAGCAGCAGCUGCUCCACGCCCAGCAGCCCUGGAGACUAUUACACAGCUCUGGACAAUGAUCUGAAGAUUGAAGUGAUCGAGAAGCUCUUUGCCAUGGACACCGAGGCAAAGGACCCCUGCAGCACCCAGACCGAUUUCAAUGAGCUGGACCUGGAGACGCUGGCCCCCUACAUCCCCAUGGACGGGGAGGACUUCCAGCUCAGCCCCAUCUGCCCCGAGGAGAGGCUCUUGCCAGAGACGCCCCAGCCCACCCCCCAGCCUUGCUUCAGCACCAUGACGAGCAUCUUCCAGCCCCUGGCCCCGGGUGCCUCGUCCGGCCCCUUCCUCCUGGAUAAGUAUCAGCAGCAGUUGGAGAGCAAGAAGACAGAGCCUGAGCACCGGCCCAUGUCCUCCAUCUUCUUCGACGCAGGGAGCAAAGUGUCUCUGCCGCCGUGCUAUGGCCAGGCCAGCACUCCCCUCUCCUCCAUGGGGGGCAGGUCCAACACACAAUGGCCCCCUGACCCGCCAUUACAGUUUGGGCCCACCAAGUGGCCGGUGGGUGCUCAGCACGCUGAGUCCUUGGGGGCUGCACAUUCGGGACCCCCGGGCGCCUCACCGCACCUCUCCAUGCUGAAGAAGAGGUCUGCCAAGGGCUUCGGGCUGCAGGGCCCCGACGUGCUCAGCCCGGCCGUGCUGGCCCUGUCCAACAAGCUGAAGCUGAAGCGGCAGCUGGAGUACGAGGAGCAGCUCUUCCCGGACCUGGGCGGGGGCGACCCGCCGGGCCCCAGCACUGCCCCUCACUUGAUGUGGAAGAGGAUGAAGGGUCUGGGGGCCCCUCUGGUGCCUGACAAGCCAGUGAGAGCGAGCACGGCCGAUGAUGAGUUCAGCCAGAAUCCCAUGAGGGGUCUCGGGCAGCCCCUCAGACACCUGCUGCCGCCACAGCCCCCGUCGGCCGCUGUGAGCCCUGCCGGCAACGCCAAGAGAGGCUUCCCUUCAGCGUGCUGUGUGCCCGCCUACCAGGACUAUGGCCUGCCGUCCACUCACAAGGCAUCAGGUAUGGCCAGCCGGCUGCUCGGGUCCUCCUUCGAGCCCUACCUGCUGCCCGAAUUGACCAGAUAUGACUGUGAGGUGAACGUGCCCGUGCCGGGCAGCUCCACACUCCUGCAGGGCGGGGACCUCCUCCGGGCCCUGGACCAGGCCACCUGAGCCAGGGCCCCCGCCCUGCAGGCACCCCUGCACGCAGUGCCACCAGCUUCACUCUCUGCAUCUGUUUUUGCAACUAGGUAAAUCUAACACCAGCCCAUUUACCAGAUGUACUUACCUGGCCCGCCCGCCGCGCGCCACGGAGCAGCCUCUGUCCGGAGACGCGCUUAAUCACCCACAACUCACAAAUACAUAGUGGUUCGACCCGCUCCAUCUGGCUUUGGUUCAUGAGGAUGUUUUGAAAUUUCAUAAGAAUUUCCCCCUUGCCCCCCCCACCAUGUCAGUUACUUCUAAUUUAUAUUAUUCAAAGGAGCCUCUCUCUCUCUCUCUCUCUCUGUCACACACGCUACCCACACUUCACAGGGUUGCUGUAUAGUGGUUCACCUUGGAAAGCUUCGGCUUGAUAUAACGAAAACGAUGGUUGCCAAAGAGAAACAGUCACCCCUGCUUUUCCCCCAAGCUUGACUCCCGGCCUGCUCUUCUCCAGUUCUCCUCCUCCGUUCCUUUCGGAGAACACAGAUCACCAUACUGUAAAUGUCCAUCUGUUUCCUCUCUUAAGCCCACUCUGCUCAAAUUUGGGUGUGACUCUUGGGGGCAAAAAAGAAAUGCUGAAGCUGCCGUGUCUGUGGUUUUUUGGGCAAGUUGCAGAGUGCCUCCCCCCGCAGCCCCAUACCCAGGGCCCCUCCACCAGUGGAUUUUUUUUUAUUCUUACUCAAAAGCAUAACAGUUUUUUAAAAACAACAUUUAUAUCUGGGUUAAGUGUUUAUCGUAUUCUAUGGGUACUUUGUAAUAUCUGAAAACGUAGAAAGGGAAGUGGAAUCCUGCUCACACAAUCACUUUAAGCUCUUGUUGGGCGCUGUCCGUCCGCUCUGCCCCGCGCGGCUGGCGAACCCGGUCCCCCACAGGCCUUCCUGGCACGGGGACUCUGUGCUCUGGGAUACGCCUCGUCAUGGCGAACAAUCCGGGAGGUGGGGUCAUGAAGUGGGCGCGUGGCGAGCUGUCUUCUCCUCGUGUUCUAUAUGUAUUAUGUAUGUAUGUAUGUAUGUAUGUAUUAUUGCCGCCAAGAGGGCGUGAUGGCAUGUCAUGGGGUCAGGGGCGGGGUGGGGCGGGGUGGGGGGAGAACGCCCAGGGAGGGGAAGUGCUUUGACUUUUCUUGGGGUUUCGUUGCUGGCCCUUCAAGUGCACUGAGCUAGGUGUGUCUAAUGGUCUUUUCACGUGGCACAUUGGGAUAUUUCUGGAAGCUCCCGUGCGAUGGUUUCGAUGGGAGUUCACGGAAGAAAGUGAGGGUUUAGGAACAGGGUGGAGAUCCAGCCAUGUCCGCUCGGCUCUCUGCCUGGGGGGACGCAGAGCUGGAUGCAGAGGGCGCCCGCCAGGGGGAGGGGGCCGGGCCUCAGCCAGCCCCGCCCCGCCCCUGCAUCCCCGCCUCUCAGCCUACUGUAGGGUGCCCUGCAGGGCCAAGGUGCAGUGGCCCCACUGGGGACAGGCCCUUCCCAGUCCUGUCACUUGAAGUGACUUAUAUAGGUAGGAGCACUGAAAACUGAGUGUUCUCAGAGCACUUUGUAACUCACCGGGUAAGAGGGACAUUACCUUUUGGUUUUUAAAUACCAAUCAUGUGGAACUUUGGGUUUUUAAAUACCAAUCUUGUGGAACUUUCUAUCAUGGGUACAAAGAAGUUUCUAGAAACACACACACACACACACACACACACACACACACACACAACAUAGCAGGCCAAGAAUUUGAUAAGCCCUGGAUAGACUCGUUACCAAAAAAAAAAAAAUUAAACAGAAGGUUGGUUUUUUGAAACAGCUAAACGGUGUGAGAAAGAUGACCUGUCACUCUUGUCCAGACACAAGUGCAGCAGCCGCGGCUUUGCGCCCACGCAGCUGGGGCGGGAGGGCACGACUCAAGGCUUCGGACGUGAAACGCUGGUGUUUGAUCCCUGUGUGUGUGGCCUCAGCAUAAAGGGCAUUUACCCUUGCAGUUUUACUAAAACUUCUGAAAACUCUUCUGAGCUUCAUAUUAACCUUACCUGUCAACAUAAUGAUUUUAUGAACAUUAUUAUAUUGUCGAAUUCCUACUGACAUCGUAACUAUCUGGGAGCUUAACUUUAUAAGGAAAUGUAUUUUGACACUGAUAUCUUAUUAAAGUAUUCUGAUUCCAA